AUGACCGCCGACCCGUCCUCCUCGUCGUCGUCGGCCGCCGCGGCGCCGUCGGUGAAGGGCGUGGCGAGGGCGCUGUCCCAGCACCACCGCGCCGUCGUCGCCUUCCUCUUCGGCUUCUUCGUCAUCCUCGUGCUCUACACGACCGCGUCCGGCCAGUUCGGGACGCCCAACACCAUCGUCGCCCUGCGGUCCACGCCAGCCGAACAGAAUGGCAGGACGUCUCCUCCUCCUCCUCCUCCUCCAGCGUCGUCGUCGGCGCCAGACAAUAAUAAUUCCACACAAGGUGCAGUACAUGACAUGGAAAAUGGCAAGAAGGACGAGGCAGCCAAGACGAUGGGACAAGUACGCAUCGAAGACAAAAACGUUGUACCUGGAAGAACUGACAUGAAUAAAACGACUGUUGUUAAUUCAGAUAACGUGCAAGCGAAUAGGACAGACCAGUCAGGCCAGACAGUGAAUGAAGCUAGCGACAGGAUGGAGGAAGAGCUCAUUCGGCAAGAACUCGGUCAAGACGGCGGCAAGAAUGAGAGCAACGUCAAGCAUGGUGCCCCGCCCAAGCCCAUCUGCGACCUGUCCGACCCCAGGUACGACAUCUGCGAGAUCACCGGCGACGCCCGGGCCAUCGGCGGCAACCGCACCAUCCUCUAUGUCCCGCCCGCAGCCGAGCGCGGCGCCGACGGCCAGGAGUGGGCUAUCAAGGACCAGUCCCGCAAGUACCUGGAGUACAUCGAGAAGGUGACGGUCAAGACCCUGAGCGCCGCGGAGUCCCUGGUGGCGCCCGAGUGCACCUCCCGGCACGCCGUCCCGGCCGUCGUGUUCGCCAUGAACGGGCUCACGUCCAACCCGUGGCACGACUUCAGCGACGUGCUCGUCCCGCUCUUCAUCACCGCCCGCGCCUACGACGGCGAGGUCCAGUUCCUCGUCACCGACCUCCAGCCGUGGUUCGUCGACAAGUACCGCCUCAUCCUCGCCAACCUGUCCCGCUACGACAUCGUCGACUUCAACAAGGGCGCCGGCGUCCGCUGCCACCCGCGCAUCGUCGUCGGCCUCCGCAGCCACCGCGACCUCGGCAUCGACCCGGCCCGCACGCCGCGCAACUACACGCUGCUGGACUUCCGCGUGUACAUCCGGGACAUCUUCUCGCUGCCGCCCGACGGCCUUGGCAUCCCGUACAAGGAGGCAAACAAGAACGCGACCGGCGGCGUCGAUGGUGGCACGGGGAAACGGAAGCCGCGGCUCAUGCUCAUCAACCGUGGCCGGAACAGGAAGUUCGUCAACAUCCCGGAGAUCUCCGCGGCGGUGCAGGCCGCCGGGUUCGAGGUGGUGGUCGUGGAGCCGCGCCGUGACCUGAGGCUCGAGGAGUUCUCCAAGGUGGUGGACUCGUGCGACGUGCUGAUGGGCGCGCACGGCGCCGGGCUCACAAACUUCUUCUUCCUCCGCACCGACGCGGCGAUGCUGCAGGUGGUGCCGUGGGGCCACAUGGAGCACUCGGCCAUGAUAUUCUACGGCGUGCAGGCCAAGGAGAUGAGGCUGCGGGACGUCGAGUACAGCAUCGCCGCCGAGGAGAGCACGCUCUACGAGAAGUACGGCAAGGACCACCCGGCGGUGAGAGACCCGGAGUCCAUACAUAAGCAGGGGUGGCAGCUGGGCAUGAAGUACUACUGGCUGGAGCAGGACAUCAGGCUCAACGUCACCAGAUUUGCUCCGACGCUCCACCAGCUGCUUCGGACGCUCCAGGAAUAG